AUGCAGCGCGCGCAGUCGGCGGAACAUGUGGACGUGAAAAGCGGUGAGCGUGGCCUUGUGGUCCAGUGGUAUGAUUCUCGCUUAGGGGUGCGAGAGGUCCCGGAUUCAAUCUCCGGCAAGGCCCAGCCCCGCGCGCAGUCGGCGGAACAUGUGGACGUGAAAAGCGGUGAGCGUGGCCUUGUGGUCUAG